AUGUCCCCCAUCGUGCUCUAUAUCUUCUGCUUGUUGAUCUAUGGGAGGGAGGCAACUGCUUCUACCUCCACUCCAUCAGAGAACUAUUCCAAAAUAUGCCCUUCAAAGGAUAGCACUGUCAGGACCCUUGACGAUGGCUACCGUAUUACGUAUCGUUGUGAUAGCUUCCCAUCCACCUACGACACACAAGGAACACCGGACAUCGAUGACGCAGAUGAAUGUGGACGCAUAUGCCAGAAGACAGAGGGCUGCCAUGGGGGCGUCUGGAGCCCCGUCCAGCAGAUGUGUUGGACCUCUACCGAAAAAAAUCCUCGUCUUAUCCCUUAUGAACGCCUAAUUUAUUUCGAGCACACGGAGGAGACCGUCCCACAUAAUGACGAGGCACAACAGGAACAAGAACGAUGUCAACUCAAACUCAGUGGUUGUCAGGUGGAAAAGGAUCUCUGUGAGAAGAAAGCUGAGACAAGUGACACUCAGCUUACAGCUUGUCGGGAUCAGAUAAGCCUGGCUGAUAAAGUGUCCGAGUCCAGCGCGGCUCAAUUGGCUGCUUGUGAAGUUCAGAAGGAAGUUCUGGAUAAGAAUGUCCAGGCGAAUGCGGCUCAACUUCGGACAUGUGAGACCCAGAAAGAUGUGUGUGACAAAACAUCCGGAGCAAGUUCAGCCCAACAAGCGGCGUGUGAAGCACAAAAGGCGGCGUUGGAAAAGCAGUCAGAGGCCAGCCACGCACAACUCGCGACAUGUCAGGAACAAAAGGGGUUGUGUGACCAGAAGUUCGCCGGCGUUACCACUCAACUCACCUCUUGUCUGACACAGAAGGACUUGCUGGAUAAGAGAGUUGCGACAAAUAGCGCUCAGUUGUCUACCUGCGAAACGCAGAGAGGAUCGUGGGAGGCAAAAUCCACUGAGUUGGCAGGACAAGUCAAGGCAUGCGACGCGGCAAAGGAGGUUUUGGAUAAGAAACUCGGGACGAACACUGCUCAAUUAUCGGCUUGUGAAACACAGAAGGUCUCAUGCGAAGCAAGGUCAGGCGAUUUAGCAGCACAGGUCAAGACCUGCGAGGCAGCGAAGGAGACGCAAAAGCAGGAAUGUGCGAAAACAGCCGAGGGGAAGAUCAAACCCAACUUAUAUACCCUUCGGGCUCGGCACUGCAACAAAUACCUUGAUGUGAAAGAUGGUGGCAAAGCAGAUGGAACCAAGGUUCAUUUGUGGGAGAAAGUAACAACGCUCAACCAACGAUACUUUGUUACUCACGCAGGGAAUGAGGAAUAUCUCAUUCGUAAUCAGGGAACUGCAACCUACAUGUCUGCCGGAGCUUCGAAAGGGGGCGAUCUCACUGCAAAUAACCUCCCUAUGGACAACAAACGGAUCCGCUGGAAGUUUGUUCCACUCGACGACGGCAGUGGAGCAUAUCAUAUCUACAGCGUUGCUUAUCCUGACGAACUCAUCGAUGUGAGCGCAGAAGGCACUGCUAAUGGGAAUCGGAUCAUGACCUGGACAAACAAUAAUGGCAAGAAUCAGCAGUUUUUCCUUGAAGCUUUGUAG